AGCCCCGUCGUUCUAUCGGCUGCUACACUUCUUCCCAGCGUCACAGUUUCUAGAAUCAACAUGGGGUACAAACUAUUUGUGUUGUUGUGUGUGAUGGCUUGUGCUUGGGCACAGGACACCACAGACGUGCCCGAGACCACCGAAGCCAGCACCACAACCACCACCACCACCACACAGGUCCCCAUCCUGCGACAGGUGAACCAGGUCAACGACGACGGGUCUUACACCUACGGCUUCGAGGCCGCCGACGGAACCUUCAAGCUGGAGACCCGCGACGAGAACGGCAACGUCAAGGGCAAGUACGGCUUCCUGGACGAGUUCGGAGAGCUCAAGAUCGUCGAGUACAGCGCCGGGAACGAGACGGGCUUUGCGCCCACGUCCGAUCUCCUGCCCAAGCCUGUGCCGGUCCCUGAGGUUCCGCAGAUUCCCCAGCAGCUGCCGAACAUCCCCACUCUUCCGAGGCCCCAGUUCAACCCCCAGCGAGUGCCACAGCGCCCAUUUGCUCCCCGCCCACAACCCCAACCACAGCCCCAGUUCGCUCCUCGCCCUCAGCCCCAGUUCGCUCCCCGCCCUCAGCCACAGCCCCAGUUCGUUCCCCAACCACAGCCCCAGCCACAACCCCAGUUCGUUCCCCAACCACAGCCCCAAUUCGCUCCCCGCCCACAACCGCAACCUCAGUUUGUUCCUCGCCCCCAGCAGCCCCAGUUCGCUCCCCAACCUCAGCCCCAAUUUGUGCCUCGCCCCCAGCAGCCCCAGUUCGCUCCCCAACCUCAGCCCCAAUUCGUGCCUCGCCCCCAGCAGCCCCAGUUCGUCCCACAGCAGUUCAGACCCCAGCCCCAAGUGCCUCAGCGCCCAAUCAACGUGGAACUUGACGGCUUCUCAGAAGACACGAACCAAGACGGCUUCGUCGACGGCUCCCCCGAGGAAGCUGCCAAGGGAAAGCCUGUGGUGCCCUCAGGAACUUCAUUCCUCCCAGCUGGUACCUCCUCCCUUCCCGUGCCUCAGCCCGUGCAGCCUCGCCCUCAGCCGCAGUUCGUUCCCCAGCAGAUCCCACAGGGAUUCAACAGGUUCGCUCCCCCUCAGCCUCAGUUCACCCCGCAACUGACAGCUCAACAGAUCCAGCAGUUGCAACAGCAACAGAUUUUGGCUGCUCAGCAGGGACAAGCCCCUCAGCAGUUCAUAGCUCCACAGUCUGUUCCACAGCAGUUUGUACCCCAACAGUUCGCUCCACAGCAGUUUGCUGGUCAGCGUUUUGUUCCCCAGCCGUUUGCUGGACAGCAGCAAUUUGUGCCUCAGCAGUUUGCCGGACAACAGUUUGUGCCCCAGCAGUUCGCCCAGCAGCCUCAGUUCCGCCCUGUGGCCCCUCCACAGCCAGCACCUGCUCCUGCACCUGCGCCUGCAGCUGCACCUGCACCUGCUGAGGCCUAAGCAAUUCGUCUUGUGAUAAUUUCUAUUUAUUCCUUCCUUUUGGCCGAUAGAGAUCCCUUUUAGAGUUCAAAAAUUACCAUGUCUAUCUGUAUAUAGUACUGCUUGUAAAACCGAGUGUAAAUAAAAUAAGAUUUCCUACCAAGA